UUUUAACCAGAACCAGCCAAUGUCUGACAAUGAAGGAUAGACAAACAGUGGUUAUAUGUAAAUAUCCAACAUCAACCAAGAAUGACAGUGUGGUCAUUGCUCCUCAUUUGCCAAGCAGUGCUAUCCUGGGGACCUCGGCCAUAAUAGCAGCCAAGCAAACCCCGUUUGAGAUAACCACAUCGAAGCAGCUUCUUGCAAGCAUGCAGCUUCAGAGACUUAACAGCCAAUACCAGGCAACUGAGGAAAUACAAUCCUGGACAUUAAACAGCCAAGGCACUAUUGCCAAUGCAAAUGGAUUGUUUGACUUGGAUCUUGUCGAUGAAGAUGUUCUUAUGUCUUUGGUACUAGAGUUGGGCUUGGAUAGGGCAAAUGAGCUUCCAGAGCUCUGGUUAGGGCAAAAUGAGUUUGAAUUUCCACCAGAGGUCCUGAUGCCCACAGACAAAUAAAAGGCCAAAAGGCUGUAAAUUACUCUAAGCUGUAGA